AUGAAAAAAGAGGAAUUUAUUCGUCUUAACAAAGAAUUGAUAAAAAAUAAUAGUAAAUUGCUGGCUAAUCCUCGCAACGCCGCCUCAGGAAGUUUACGAACGCUGGUUCCUUUGCAGAAUAGAAAUUUACAUUUUUUUGCCUACCAACUAUUUUUUGACAACGAUAGAAACAGCACUUAUCAAUCAUUCAAUAGUCAACUUGAAUGCUUACAAAAAUUAGAAGAAUUAGGGUUUGCUGUUAGCCCUGAUUAUCGCUCAUUUACUGGCAUUCAGGAAGUUAAAAAAUUUGUCGAAAAACAAGAAAGCAAGAGGGAUGGUCUAGAUUUUGAAAGCGAUGGUGUGGUGAUAAAAGUAAACGACCAUUCUUAUUACGAAAAACUAGAACCAGUGGUUUUAGUGGGAAGCAGGAUUAACAAAGCCACUCUUCACAAUUACGCUUUUAUUCGCAACCGGGCAUUAAAUAUUGGCGAUGAAGUAGUAAUUAAAAAAGCUGGGGAUGUCAUUCCCCAA